AAGUACAAACCUUUCAACUGCUUCAGUAACUACUUCGCACUAGAAGACAGCAUCGUAGUGCAUUCACAUACUGGGGAGAGGAGCCCAGUAGAAUGGAUCUUGCUAAGGAGAGGUAUGGUGGUUGUUUCUCUCAUGAAGAAGUGGAAAAUGUAAAGACUUUUUUACGUAUUACUAUUGUUUUGAUUACUAUGUUCUCCUUAUUUGUCCCCAUUAUUCCAUUUUUAAAUAGCUCCUCAUUUUUUGUGGCACAAUUUCAAAAUGGUUAUAAAAGAAAUGCUGCAUAUGCUAUCUUGUUUUUAAGCAGUAUCCCCCCCUUUUUUGUUCCGGUCCCUUUGUUUGAACUGGUUAUUCUACCUCUCUUCCCAAAAUUAGAAUAUUUUAUGAUUAAUCCAUUGAAAGGACUUGGUUUGUCUAAUAUUCUCAUCAUAUUAUCAAUUGUUAGUUUUUAUCUCAUUGACUUGAUUGGAAGGAUUAGUGAUAAUAUUUCUUAUAUGCCUUGCUUCUUCAUAUGGGAACCAGUUACUGAAACUAUUCAGAUUUCCUAUUGGAUAGUUCUCAUACCAUCAGUAUUAGCUGGUACAUCACGUUUGCUUUCUUACACAUGUAUAAUUGAGUUUAUGUGUAGUCAGUCUCCUUUUGGUAUGCAUGGAAUGAUCACUGGACUGUUCUGGUUUUUGCAUGGUAUGUUCGUUGACAUUGGUUCAGGCAUUUUAUUAAUAGUCUACUAUUACCCUAUACACUCAGUCUCAUUUAUUUCAUGUACCUCAUGGUUCUGUAUGAUAUUUGGUAUAAUUACUGUCAUUGGAUUAGUGGUGUAUGUAUUAAUAGCUCGAUGGUAUGUCAAUAGGGUCAGGGAUACUGAUCUUGGUCUACGUGCAGCAGUAGAGGAACAUUGGGAGAAUAGACUGAGGACAGGAAAUGCCAUAAAUGGCACUGAAACAGAGGAUCUUAUCAUUUCUAGUCUUAAUUAA